AUGCCGACGAUCUCAGUCGACAAGGUCUCGUUCCUUGAAUCGCUCGGCAAACGGUACACUACGGCCGAGUUUGAUGAAGUCUGCUUCGAAUACGGCUUGGAAUUGGAUGAAGAUACCGAGCAGACGCUGCCAGAUGAGAAGCCAUACAAGCUCAAGAUUGAGGUUCCUGCAAAUCGAUACGACUUGCUCUGCUUCGAGGGCCUUUCAAGAGCGCUCCGCAUCUUUCUCGGUAUAGCCGAGCGUCCAAAAUACACCUGCCUGCCAUGGGACAGCAGGACUUGCCGCACUUUGCGGGUCUCCAGAGAGUGCGCUGCCAUACGACCCUUUGCUGCCGGAGCCAUUCUACGUGGUGUGACCUUCACGCAGGCGAGAUAUGACUCUUUCAUCGAUCUACAAGACAAGCUGCACGGCAAUCUUGCCCGGAAACGCACCCUUGUCGCCAUCGGAACACAUGAUCUCGCUCACAUUGCAGAGGGAGACAUCGAUUACCAGGCUCUGCCGCCGCAGCAGAUCAAGUUUGCGCCUCUCAACAAGCAAGAGGCAAUGACGGCGCCAGACAUGAUGACUCUCUUUGAGACCGAUCGACACCUGUCGCGCUAUCUGCACAUCAUCAAAGAUUCGCCCGUAUACCCAGUCUUUUUCGACUCGAAGCGCACAGUCCUCUCUAUGCCGCCCAUCAUCAACUCCAACGCGACAAAGAUUACGCUACAGACAAGAGACAUCUUCAUCGACCUCAGCGCCACUGAUGAGACCAAACUGGAGGUCGUCACAAAUGUCAUGGCCACGAUGUUCUCCGAGUACUGCGAACGGCCUUUUGUCGUCGAGCCAGUCAAAGUCGUUUAUCCAGAUGGCAGAGAAGUCAUCACGCCCAAUUUCGCCCCCACGACGUUUGACGUCUCUUCGCGAUAUAUCAAUUCGUGCACUGGCCUCGCCCUCAAGAGAGACGAAUUGACAAAGCUGCUCGAGCGGAUGGGGAGCGAGGUCAGACCGGCAACGUCUGCAGCAGCGCCUGACGAUCUCAUCACCGUGGACGUGCCGCCGAGCAGACCAGAUAUCUUGCAGCAGUGCGAUCUGAUGGAGGAAGUCGCCAUCGCGUACGGCUUCAACAACAUCAAAAAGACCUUCCCGCCCACCAACACUGUCGCAGUCCCAUUGCCGGUCAACAAACUCGCCGACAUUGUCAGGAGAGAGUGCGCAUAUAGUGGCUGGGUGGAGAUGCUGCCUCUCAUAUUGUGCUCACACGAUGAGAACUUCGGCCAUCUCAAUCGUACGGACGACGGCAAGACCGCGAUCGUCCUCGAGAACCCAAAGACGGUGGAGUAUCAGAUCGUCAGAACGUCUCUCUUGCCCGGUCUGCUCAAAUCGCUGCGAGAGAACAAACAGCAUACCUUGCCGAUGCGACUUUUCGAAGUGAGCGAUGUCGCCUUCAAGGAUGCUUCUCAAGAACGCAAGGCUCGUAAUCGACGCAAAGCUGCUGCUCUCUAUUGCGGACAUCGAGCAGCCUUUGAGAUCGCUCAAGGAUUGCUGGACCGACUCAUGCUCAUACUGGGCGUCAAGCCGAGCGCAGAUGCCAACGGUGGAGCUUCCUAUCAUCUCAAGCCGAGUCAAGAUGCUACGUAUUUUCCCGGUCGCAGCGCAGAGAUCAUCUACAGAGCACCGACGUCCACAGGCCAGCUCUCGCAUCUCAUGGAUGCGAGCUCGACAUCCGAAGAAACCGAAGCUGCUGCCGCCAAGCAGCAGGUGAAGCCCGCGACCCACCGGGGCGAUGACGGCCCUCUUGGCAGCCUCAGAGAUGCUCUGACAUCUGCCUUGCCUGUCGGGCACAGCAAGGACAUUGUCGUCGGCACAAUCGGGAUCUUGCAUCCUUCCGUCUUGCAAAAGUACAGCAUCGACUAUCCUUGCACUUCCUUCGAGCUGGAUCUCGAAUGCUUUUUAGGGUAUAUUCCAUCUGCUGCGAUUGUAUAUGUGCGACGACGGGCUGUGACGACGAUGGCGGAAGAAAAGAAGACAUACUGGCGGCGUGUCAAUGUCAUGAGUGAUCUGAUCUAG